AUGCCUCGAGCUCCAAAGCGUCGGCGGUAUGUGCUUGAAGAAGACCUUCAGGCCCAAAUUGAGACACAGAACAUUACGGAUGAGGAUGCUUCUUCAUCCUCCUCUACCUGUUCUUCCUCUUUCCCCUCCUCUUCCUCCUCUUCUACAUCCUCCUCUUUCUAUCCUCUAAUGUCAAGCACCUCAGAGGAGGAUUUUGCUGAUGACAGCACACAGAGUUCUCUCCAGAGUCCUCAGGUAUCCUGUUCCUCCUUUACUGGCAUGACCUCCACUCCAUGGGGCCAAUCCAGUGAGGGUACCAGCAGCCAAGAUAAGGAGGAUCCUAGUACCUCACAGGCCCUGAGAGAGCCUGAGUCUUUGCUCAGAAGUAAGAUAGAGGAAAAGGUGUCUAAUUUGGUGGAGUUCUUGCUCUUCAAGUAUCAGACAAAUGCACCCACCACCAAGGAAGAAAUGCUGAUGUGUGUCAUUCAGAAUUACCAGGAUCAUUUUCCUGUGAUCCUCAGUGAAGCCUCUGAAUGCAUGCAGCUGGUCUUUGGCAUUGAUGUAAAGGAAGUGGACCCCACUAACCACUCCUAUGCCCUCGUUAUCUCCCUGGGCCUCACCUAUGAUGGGUUGCUUAGUGAUGUCCAGGGCAUGCCCAAGACUGGCCUCCUGAUACUUAUCCUGAGUGUCAUUUUCAUGAGUGGUAACUAUGCCUCUGAGGAAGAGAUCUGGGAUGUGCUGAUUGGGAUGGGGUUGUCUCCUGGGGAGAAGCACUAUAUCUAUGGGAAGCCCGAAAAGCUCCUCACAGAAGAUUGGGUGCAAGAAGGGUACUUGGAGUGGCGUCAGGUACCCAACAGUGAUCCUGCUCGCUAUGAGUUGCUGUGGGGUCCAAGGGCCCAUGCUGAGAUCAGCAAGAUGAGUCUUCUGGAGUUUUUGGCCAAGAUCAAUGGAAGUGAUCCAAGAUCCUUCCCAGUAUGGUAUGAGGAGGCUUUGAGAGAUGAGGCAGAGAGAGCCCAGGCCAGAAUUACCACAGUAGAUACUACUGCCAUGGCCAGUGCCAGUUCUAGUGCCAGUAGCAGCAUCUCCUACCCUGAGUAA